AAAACGAUCUGUUGCCUGGCCCUUGUCUUCUGUUGUUACAUUUGGUGUCGCUGCCUACCGACAAAUGAAAAGCCUAUACCCUGCAGUUUUUGAUGGAGACAUAUGGAUCUUCGGGCAGGACUUCAAGGCUUCUGCGCAGUUGAGUGGCGUUCAAGAUCUGUCAGCGAUGGAGCUGCUACUUGAGACGCUGCUGGGAGGUCGGGCGAAAGCAGCAUAUGAAGGUGUGGGCCGAAGUAUGGACGAAUGUUCGACAGGGUCAGGCAAACAGUUUCCAAAGUGGGAAGGACCAUAUAUGGUCACUUCGAGAUGGGGUUACGCAGACACAGUCGCAAUGGCGAACAAUGAGAGGCGCGUGAACGUCAGCGAGCUCCAGAAAUGGAUACAGCGAGACAAGCCAACGAUGACGCCUGCACCAAGUAGAUCAAGCCGACUUCAGUCGCACGUAUUUGACGGGGGGACGAGUGUGGUGAGAGCAGGCUGCUAGCCGAUUGGUUGGCACUAAUCUACGUUAAGGUCUAGGUCACUAAUAUGGGCCGUGAGAAAAUAUGAACAAGCCUGAGUCAACAACCAAUCACAGCAAAGUUAACGUGGCAAAUAUGAUUCGCAGA